CUUUUAUCAGUGUGUUUUUCUUCUACUGCGUCCAACACAUGAGGUUGUGGAGGCCAGUGACCACUGCUGCAGUCACUUUGGUUAUCAGAGACCGUCAGCAUACAUGCCGCACGUAAGUCUCCUUUAUGCUGAUAUCACUGACGAGGAAAAGAAGAGUGUUGCAGAGAGAGCUUAUGCUCUCGAUGAGACCAUUGGCAGCUUGGAAUUCCCUAUAGCUCGCCUCGCUCUGUACAAAUCAGAUACGGAAGACAAAAGCCUCGAAUCCUGGGCGAAGGUUGAUGAGUGCAACCUAAUUUCGCACUGAUACAUACCAUGUUUCUCUAUGUGCAAGACAUAGUUUUCUUUCCUGUCUGUUUCUCUUGGUGCUCUGAUGAUACGUGUAUAGAAGCAAUAGAACCCCACUUGACCUUUUGUUUCCUUGAUAAGUAAGAGGCAGUGAUAUUUUUAUCAUUUGUGAUUUUUCUUUUGAAAAAAUUGACAAGAAC